CUUCUGUGCCGUAAGUAGUGUGUGUCAGGUUUCAUUCUGAGAGAGAUUCAAGCGCGCAGCAGUCAGAGAAACCCGUCAAAUGGCACGACUCAUCCGCACGGACUCCCAAUAGAGCCGGACCUUACUGAACCACAAUCUCCAUGCACUUGAAUCAGCAGCAUGCCUCCGUUGAGGUCGCUUUGAAGAUUGAUAUAAUCAGAUGAAAAAAGGGUUAUGCGUCAGUGAAUUACCUGAAAGGAGAACUUUUAAUCGCUUUUUUGAACCCAGACCCUGCUCAGCCUGAUAAAGUAGUGGAUAAAUAUUAAAUAGCCUAUAUAAGAUAGUUUAACAGACAUGGAGGACACGAAAUUGAGAGUAUCACCACAGUCCACCCAUGACAGGACUUCUGUGGAGCAUCCUUACCAAAAGCACCUUUGGACAAACUGGAAGGACAUGUAUAGUAAAUGCGUGUACACCGCACUGUGUUUGAUCUCGUUUGGAGUUUGCGUGUUGCUUUACCUGAGGACGUCGGAUCUGCAGUCCAGAGUGCUCAGUUUGGAAAAAGACAGAGAUCCCCGAAUCUCGAGUUGGAUCUCUUUAGAACAGGUGGAGCCCGUUCUCUGGAGUCGACUCGAUCAGAUUUUAGAGGAGAAAUUAGCAGCACGUCUUCCGAAGAUUCGGGCAGCGCGGGAUGCUCCUCACAGCUGUCUCUGUCCACCAGGACCUCCCGUAAGUAGACGUGAUGCCUUUGUUGACUGGAUUGUGGGAGACAAAGGAUCAAUGGGUAUUCCUGGAAGAAUGGGCUUAAAGGGAAACUCGGGGGAGAAGGGAGCACCAGGGGAGCCAGGUCUAUCUAUCAUUGGCCCACGAGGACCUCCUGGGCAGCCCGGUACUAGAGGAUUUCCAGGCUUUCCGGGUCCAAUCGGCUUGGAUGGGAAACCCGGACAGAAUGGUCCAAAAGGUGAUAUGGGUCCUCGUGGUCUAAAAGGAAUUCCAGGUGAAUCUGGUCCUAAAGGGGAGAAGGGUGUAUGUGGUGACUACACUCACAGGUUUAAGCAGGGGCUCCAACUGAAAACGCUGGCAGCUUUGCGCUCCAGUCAGGCUCUGAUGUUGAAGCAGGGUGAGCCCGGAGCACAGGGACCACCGGGGCCUCCUGGCCCCCCAGGGCCUCCAGGGAUUCCUGGCUUAACUGGUGCUAGUGGGCCCCCGGGUAAACCUGGAGAACCUGGUAAACCUGGUAAAGACCCAAGGAUGCUACCAGGGCUGAAGGGUGAACCUGGUGUUCCUGGACAAAAGGGUGACCAUGGUGAGACAGGCCCAAGUGGACCUGAAGGCCCUCAGGGUAUUAAAGGAGAUCAAGGGCUGAAGGGUGAGCCUGGUUUUCCAGGUGCCCCUGGACGAAAGGGUCAGGCAGGUGUUUCUGGUAUCCCUGGAAAGCGGGGCUACAAGGGAGAGAAAGGUGAGCCCAGUGCGGCAGGAAAUGGCAUUAAAGGUGAACCAGGUGCCCCAGGACUACCAGGAACAGCUGGACCCAAGGGUGAGAAAGGUGAUCAAGGCAUAAAGGGUGCACCUGGUCAGGAUGGCCCAUCUGGACCAAGGGGUCCACCAGGUCCAACAGGGGAGCCAGGAAAAACUUUAAUCAACAACAAUGAGAAUGAUAUUCGCAAUGUGCAUUCAAUGGGCCCUCCUGGUCUGCCUGGACCUCCUGGGCCUCCAGGCUUGAAGGGUGAUGUUGGACUUCCAGGUCCCCCUGGUAUUGAUGGGGAAAAGGGUCCAAGAGGAAAGCCAGGUGAGCAGGGACCCAUCGGCCCUCCUGGACCAGAGGGACCACGAGGAGAGGGAGGAGUCAUGGGCUUUCCAGGGCCAAAAGGAGACAAGGGAGAUAUGGGCCCCUCUGGAUCACCUGGUUUAGAUGGCCCUACUGGAGAAAAUGGGGUUUCAGGGCCAGCUGGCCCCAUUGGAUUGCCAGGCCCAAUGGGUCAGAAAGGUGAAGCUGGGGAGAAGGGAGACAAAGCAGAGCUGGUCUACGGGCCUGCUGGACCUCCAGGGCCUGCAGGGCCAGUUGGGCCAAUGGGACCUCCAGGUUUGUCAGGACCAAAGGGUGAGCCAGGUGUAGGCCUGAGAGGAGAAAAGGGAUCACCUGGACAGAAGGGAGACAAAGGAGACAGAGGCCAUCUUGGACUCCCUGGGGCUCAUGGUUUAGACGGCAGGCCUGGUCCAGUGGGUCUAAUUGGACCAGCUGGAGUUCCUGGGCCGGCAGGACCAAAAGGAGAAAGGGGGGAAAAAGGAGAUAUGGGAGUAGCAGGACCAAUUGGGCCUCAAGGCAUCCCUGGUUUAGUAGGACCAGCAGGAUUAAAAGGAAACCGGGGGGAGAGGGGAAAGAAAGGCAACAGGGGGGCCAAAGGGGAUAAGGGAGACCAAGGAGCCCCAGGAUUAGAUGCCCCGUGUCCGUUGGGCGAUGAUGGUCUGCCAGUACCAGGGUGUUGGAAUAAAUGAUGUUAAUUCCAGAAUGCCAUGUGUGAUUGUAAAUAGAAUAUUUAUUUUUGUACUAUUUUUUUUUUGUUUUGUUUUUUUGUCAUUGAUCCGUUAUAUUGAUGGAAAAGAAAAUACCAUAAACCAUAACAAAAUCCUGCUAGGACUUUUGUACAGAUUGUUUAUUUUUAUUAUUGGUAAUGUUGUUUAUGUAAUGGACUUUAUACUGUAACUAUGCAUUAUGUCAAAAUGUUUUGAUCAAGAAAUAUGCUGUGGCAGCAUAUGCAUGAUAUUUGUGCAUUAUGUUAACUGAUAAGUGCCUAUUAACUUAUUGUAUCAUGGUGUUUUAAUGUGUUGUUUAAAGACUAUGCUGCACUGAUUAGUGGAGCUGGAUUUGAAAUUGGCCUUGUGCGUUAAGAGGAAACCCUUUUGCUCGGAGAUUAACAUGGACAUUGUUGAAAAUCACACCAUACCUAAUGAUCUUACACUGUAACUGCAUAUGUUUACUAAAAAUUCAAAUGACUUAUUUCAAAGUCCAUACUAUAGAUGCAGUAUAAAUUAUCCAGACAUUUGAUUUCUAUAAUUUUCAGUGCAUACAUUAUAAGCAUUGGCACGGCAUUACUCGUUUAGUGAGCAUUUCAAUCUGUUUUCUGUCUAUAUUUGCCUUGAAAAUUGCCUUUUGUUUUUCCAAAAGAAACGAUCAAUCUGUCAGAAUUCCACAUGCAGUGCUUUUCCUUUAUGUGCUUUGUGUAAAUAUGUCAUAUAGACAAAAUAUUGCCCUUUGAGCAGCUAUUUUCUAUGUUUAUUCAUAUCUCUUACUUUUUAAUAGUAGAGAUCAUUUCAUUUGACAUUCUUGGGCAAUGAUUUUUAUUCUUGUAAUUUAUCUCAUACUAUAUUGCUGCUCACUCUCAAGCAAAUCUUUGUGUUUGUUAAAAAGCAUCUAUGCCCGAUUUUACCUCAGCUAUUAAGUACAUAUGAAGAAUGAAGCCAAUGAAGUUAGUAUUAUAAACAUGACAUUUUUCAUUAUAGUAUGUCUAAUUCCCAGGAAAUAUCAGGGUCAUAGAAGAAGGCCCUUAGUUAUGGUUUUGUUUGUUUUGUGUUCAUUCAGUGUUGAAGUCAUUAAAGUAAAGGAUUGUGUAGGAUUGCUGCUGCUUACCACAAAAAGCUAUGUUUGGGUUCUGUUUUGCUAGUUAAUAUUAAGUUAAGCAUGGUUUGUAAUCACCGGUCUCUAUAAACUCUUUAUCUGUCUGUAAUACCUCAUACUAAUAUGUGCCUUAAUGCUUUUACCCUUGCCAAAAUAGAUCUGAGACAUAUCAACAAUAAUGUCAAAGAAGCUAUACUGUCUACAUGAGGAUUAUAAGAAAAUAAAUGGCUGUGAAUAUUGUUUUCAGCCAAACUGUU